GCAAAUUAACCUUCCCACAUUUGAAGCAUUAACUAUGGUGCAUUGUAGUGAAAAAGGGAAAACUCAACUUUUUCUUCUCUUCACAUACACGUCCUUGUGGUGGUGGUGGUGUACUGGUACUUCUAUCAAUGUCAGAGCAGCUGAAAAUACUGAUAGUAUGAAGCCAGGAGAUAAACUGAAUGCCAUAUCCAAGCUAUGUUCAAAACAACAUAGUUAUUGCAUGAGUUUUGACCAUGAUCCGGAUCGUGAAAACCUCACUUAUCUAAGCAUAUUUGGCGAAGGGAGAGAUACUUGGUUAGUGUGGAUUGCUAACAGAAACCAACCUGCUGACAAAAAUUCAGCAGUUCUAUCACUAGACUACUCUGGUGUGCUCAAAAUAGAAUCCAAAAUUGGUGAACCAAUAAUCCUGUAUUCUUCACCUCAACCUUUUAACAACAGUACUAUUGUUGCAACCUUGUUGGAUACAGGUAACUUUGUUUUGAAAGAUAUUCAGAAGAACAUUGUGUUGUGGCAAAGUUUUGAUCAUCCAACCGAUAGUUUGCUCCCUAGGAUGAAAUUAGGUGUAAAUCACAAAACUGGUCAAAAUUGGUCACUGUUAUCAAGAAUCAGUGAUACAAUCCAUGCUCCUGGUCCAUUCAGGCUUGAAUGGGAACCCAACAUAAAAGAAUUGGUCAUCAAGCAUAGAGAAAAAGUUUAUUGGAGAAGUGGAAAACUGAAAAACAAUACAUUUGAGUAUAUAUCUGGAAAAGACAUUAAAGUCAACGUUGUGUCGAAUUAGAAUGAAGAGUAUUUCUCAUACACAACUCAAAAUGAAGACAGUCUUACUGUAUGGACUCUAUUAGAAACUGGGCAACUGAUAGACAGGGAAGCAAGUGAUCACAUAGGAAGGGCUGAUAUGUGUUAUGGGUAUAACACGAAUGAUGGAUGCCAAAAAUGGGGUGAUGCAGAGAUACCUACAUGCCGGAAUCCUGGUGAUAAGUUUGAUAGCAAGAUAGUUUACCCUAAUGAAAAAAUUGAAUACCAUAUUCUAAAUUCUAGCUAUGGCAUAAGUGAUUGCCAAGAUAUGUGUUGGCGUAACUGCAGCUGCUUUGGAUUCGGAAACUUAUAUAGUAAUGGAACUGGUUGUGUAAUCUUGGUAUCAACUGAAGGUCUUAACAUCGCAGGGAGUGGUGAUUACAAGUAUUACAUUCUUGUUAAGAACAACACCGAUCACAAAGAAAUUAAGUUGAUAUUGAUUUGCGUUGGAAUUGGGACUUUUCUACUCAUUAUCGGUCUUUCCAUUCUGUUUCAAGCAUUAAGGAAACGAAAAUAUCUGCUUCAAGAGAGGAAAAGAAUAAGAACACAAAUUGAGAUUCAAGAUCUAGAAGGUUCUAGGCAAUACUCUGAUGGCGAUGAUCUAGAAGGCGAUUUAAGCAAUGCAGAUGACCUAAAAGUGUUUAGCUAUUCAUCAAUACUUGUGGCUACCAAUGGCUUUUCAUCAGAAAACAAGUUAGGACAGGGUGGCUUUGGACCUGUUUUUAAGGGAAUUCUACCUUCGGGGCAAGAAGUAGCUGUGAAGAAACUUUCAAAAACAUCUGGACAAGGAAUGAUUGAGUUUAGAAAUGAAUUAACACUCAUUUGUAAGCUUCAGCAUACAAAUCUUGUUCAACUAAUCGGUCAUUGCAUUCAUGAACGAGAGAGAAUGUUGAUCUAUGAGUAUAUGCCAAACAGAAGCUUGGACUUCUUUUUAUUUGACUCCACUAGAAGAAAGUUGCUAGAUUGGAAUAAACGCUUUAGCAUAAUAGAAGGAAUUGCUCAAGGACUACUAUACCUUCACAAAUACUCAAGACUUCGAAUAAUCCACAGAGAUUUGAAGGCUAGUAAUAUUCUUCUUGAUGAAAAUAUGAACCCCAAAAUUUCUGAUUUUGGUGUGGCAAGAAUGUUUACAAAACAAGAAACUGAAGCAAAUACCAACAGAAUUGUUGGGACAUAUGGUUACAUGUCUCCAGAGUAUGCGAUGGAAGGAGUAUUUUCUACAAAGUCGGAUGUGUACAGCUUUGGAGUGCUGCUCCUUGAAAUUAUCAAUGGUAAAAAAAACAAUAGUUUCUACUCUGAAGACAGACCACUUAAUCUAGUAGGACAUGCAUGGGAGCUAUGGAAAGAAGGCGUGGUUCUUGAGUUGGUGGAUCCAUUACUAAAUGAGUCCUUUUCGGAGGAUGAGGUGCUGAGAUGUGUUCAUGCUGGUUUAUUAUGCGUAGAAGAAAAUGCAGAUGAUCGUCCCACCAUGUGCAAUGUUAUAUCAAUGUUAACAAACAAAAUUAAAGUGGAUGUUUUUGAGGAAGAUACGUAUGGUGAAGAAGUUGGUGCAGAUUCCACGUAUGAAAACCCUCAUUCACAUGUAUAAAAUAUAGAUCGACCCAGUGAAGAAAAUCUAAAUUUAUCGAAGCUUUUGCGAUACGUGUACCAAUACAUGUUGUGCUAGAAUUAAAAAAAUUUAUUUGUUUUUCCUUCUCGAGCAUGGAUCCCAUGGGACGACAUUGAAUGUAAUAGACAUAUGACUGGAUUUAUCAUGUUUAGAGGAAAUAUGGAUAUUCUAGAAUAUUUGAAUUUUGAUUAACACAAUUUAUCUUGUAUUAUUUAGACAUGCAGGUAAUAUUGACAAUGA